CAAAAGAAACCUUCAUGACCUUUAGAGUGCUCAUGUAACUCUUUCUGAAAACCUCACGUGAAUAAUAUCUUCAAAAGGUGACAUAAAUAUCAUUGUGGAACUAUGAGAGAGGACCAGAAUGCAGAACCCCAACCAGACCAAGAGGAGGGAAAUCCCGUUGGUCAUCUCAACUUGGCCUUCACUCAAGAUGAGAAAUACUUGAACGAGAACCCAGAGAAUCCUCCAGGGGAGGACUCCAAAUCCAAAUCAAAUACCAAAAAAAAGAAGAAAAAAAAGUCUGAUAAGCCAAAGGAACAAAUAAAAUCAGUUGGGCUUUUUCAGCUGUUUCGUUAUGCCACCUGUCCAGAGGUCUUCCUGAUGUUGAUUGCUCUUGUAUGUGCUGCUAUACAUGGUGCUGCACUGCCCAUAAUGUGUAUAGUGUUUGGACAAAUGACUGACAGCUUUGUACAAAGUGGACAAACGUUCAACAUCACAGGAAACUACAGCUUUAACAUCACACUGGAUCCUACACUCUGUGUUCCUAUACCAGGAGUUGACAUUGAAGCAUCAAUGACAACAUAUGCCUAUUACUUUGUUGCCAUUGGGGCUGGGGUUUUUUUCUUUGGAGUGUUUCAAGUCAUGUUAUUCGUAAUGACAGCCACUAGACAGACCAAGCGGAUCAGAGAGAAUUACUUCCAUGCGAUCCUCCAUCAGCCUAUGGCAUGGUUCGACACACAUCCCAUUGGAGAACUUAACACUCGACUCACAGAUGAUAUAAACACCAUUAAUGAUGGCCUGGGAGACAAGAUUGCAAUAUUUGUGCAGUUCUUCUGCAGAUUUCUUACCGGUGUAAUUAUUGGAUUUAUUUUCGGUUGGAAGUUGACCUUAGUCAUUUUGGCAGUGAGUCCACUGCUGGCAGGUUCAGCUGCUGUAUGGUCUACAAUUCUUGCCACUCUUACAAGUAAAGAGUUGACAUCUUAUGCCAAAGCAGGAGCUGUGGCAGAAGAAAUACUUGUGGCUAUUAGGACAGUUGUUGCAUUCAAUGGUCAAAAGAAAGCUCUGGAUAAGUAUGAAACUAACUUGGUAGAUGCAAAAAACCUUGGAGUGAAGAAAGCUAUUACUACAAAUGUGUCAAUGGGGCUAACACAGUUCUUCAUAUUAGGAACAUAUGCCCUUGCAUUUUGGUAUGGCACAAAGCUCUCUGUGGAUGAACCAGAAAACUACUCCAUUGGAAAAGUCCUCACUGUCUUCUUCUCAGUGAUGAUAGGGGCAUUCUCUCUGGGUCAGGCAGCUCCCAACUUGGAGAGUGUUGCUAAAGCCCGUGGUGCUGCAAGCGCCAUCUACAAUACCAUUGAUAUGCCUCGUCCCAUUGACAGCAGUUCAAAAGAAGGCUACAAACCAGACACGGUGAAAGGUGACAUUGAAUUCAAAAACAUUCACUUCAGUUACCCUUCCAGAAAGGAUGUGAAGAUUCUGCAGGGAAUGAGCCUAAAAGUGCCCAGUGGGAAGACAAUUGCUCUGGUGGGGGAGAGUGGCUGUGGGAAGAGCACCACCAUUCAGCUGCUGCAGCGGUUUUAUGAUACAGAUCAAGGAGAGGUCACCCUGGAUGGUCGAGAUAUCCGCACUCUAAAUGUGCGUUGGCUGAGAGAAAACGUGGGCAUUGUGAGCCAGGAGCCUGUACUCUUUGGCACCACUAUUGCUGAGAACAUACGCUAUGGUCGUGAGAAUGCCACUGAUGAGGACAUUGAACAAGCUGUGAGAGAGGCCAAUGCUUAUGAAUUCAUCUCUAACCUACCAGAUAAGCUGAACACCAUGGUUGGGGAGCGUGGAGCUCAACUGAGUGGUGGGCAGAAGCAGAGGAUUGCUAUUGCUCGUGCUUUGGUCAAAAAUCCCAAAAUCCUCUUGCUGGAUGAAGCCACAUCAGCCCUGGACACUCAGAGUGAAGCUAUUGUCCAGGCUGCUUUAGAUAAGGCAAGGGCAGGCCGAACAACUAUAGUGAUUGCUCACCGUCUGUCCACAAUUCGUUCUGCUGAUAUAAUUGCUGGCUUCAAAGAUGGUCAGGUGGUCGAGCACGGCACUCACAGGGAACUCAUGAGCAAGAAAGGAGUCUACUAUUCUCUUGUCACACAGCAGUCACAGGGAAAUCCAGAUGAUGACAGUGAUGAUGAUGGUGAGGAUUUCGAUUUUGACGAGGAUGAUGACGAGGAAGAGGAAUCAUCCGACAAUGCUGACGACUUGAUGGAAGUCACAAUUGAAAAUAAUGGAAUUGCAAGGAAUUCAAUAAGACGUAGCAUUAAUCUUCAAAGGAGAGAAUCAAAAAGGAAAUCGAAAAAGAAGUUGAAAAAGACCAAAUCCAAGAAGAAGAAGAAGGAGAAGGAAAAGGUUGAAGAUGUCUCUUUUGGAAGGAUUCUGGCUCUGAACAAACCUGAGUGGCCCUACAUGAUGGUGGGCAUACUGGCCAGCUUUGUGGGAGGAGCUGUCUAUCCUUGUGUGGCUAUCCUGUUUGCCAAAAUCAUUGGUGUAUUUGCUGAGCCUGACCCUGAUGUGAAGCGACAGAAGACUCUAAUGUUCUCUCUUCUGUUCCUCCUCCUUGGGGCUGUGUCAUUCAUCACCUAUUUCCUCCAGGGCUUCAUGUUUGGCAAGUCUGGGGAGAUUUUAACCAUGAGGCUGAGGAGUCAGGCAUUUAAAGCCAUUUUGAGACAGGACAUUGCCUGGUUUGAUAAUCACGACAAUGCAGUGGGAGUUCUAACCACUAAAUUAGCAACAGAUGCAUCAAUGGUUAAAGGGGCCUCAGGAUCUCGACUGGGCUUGGCUGUUGGCACAGUUUGUUCCCUAGGCAUUGCUGUGAUUAUAGCCUUCAUUUAUUGCUGGCAACUUACCCUUCUUAUCCUCGCCUGUGUGCCAUUCCUCAUUGGGUCCCAUUUCAUCCAGAUGAGAGCUCUGGGAGGUCAUGCAUCCAAAGACCAGAAUGCAUUAGAGAUGUCUGGCAAGAUAUCCACAGAAGUAGUAGAAAACUUCAAGACUGUUGUUGCAUUAACAAGAGAAGAUGUCUUCUUCCGCAAGUUUAAUGAAAGCCUGUCUAAACCAUAUCGGUCUGCCUUGUGUAAAGCACCUAUCUAUGGACUCACCUUUGCGAUUUCUCAAGCAAUUCCUUUCUUUGUUAAUGCUGCAAUCUUCCGUUUUGGCUCUUGGCUGAUUGCACAUUGCUACACUCAAUAUGAGAAUGUUUUCCUGGUGUUUUCAGUCAUUGUCUUUAGUGCCAUGAGUAUCGGCCAGUCUUCAUCAUUUGCCCCAGACUUUGCCAAAGCUAAAGUUGCAACUUGGAGAAUCUUAGACUUACUUGCAAAAGAGCCUGAGAUUGACAUUUAUAGUGAGGCAGGAGACAAACCAAGAAACUUUAAGGGAGAUAUAGCAUUCCAUGAUGUGCACUUCGCAUACCCGACACGUCCAAACACAAAAAUUCUGCAAGGCCUAAACGUAUCAGUGGCUCAAGGACAGACGCUCGCACUGGUGGGAGGCAGUGGUUGUGGGAAAAGCACAUCAGUCCAGCUGUUGGAACGGUUCUACAACACUGCAAGUGGGGAAGUGCUACUGGACGGGGUGGACUCAAAGAAACUGAACAUUGCUUGGCUGCGCUCUCAGCUGGGUCUUGUCUCUCAGGAGCCCAUCCUGUUUGACUGCACUAUUGCUGAGAACAUACAGUAUGGAGACAACAGCCGUGUGGUCAGCCAGGCAGAGGUUGAGGAGGCUGCUAAAAAUGCUAAUAUCCAUAGCUUUAUUCUUGGCCUGCCAGAGAAAUACAACACACGUGUGGGAGAUAAAGGCACUCAGAUGUCUGGUGGGCAGAAACAGAGGAUAGCAAUUGCUCGAGCUUUGGUCCGACAACCUAAAGUGCUGCUUCUGGAUGAAGCUACUUCAGCCUUGGACACAGAGAGUGAAAAGAUUGUGCAGAAAGCCCUCGAUGAUGCUCGACAGGGCCGCACCUGCAUCGUCAUUGCUCACCGAUUGUCUACUAUCCAAAACGCUGACAUCAUUGCAGUUAUUCAGAAUGGCAGGGUGGUUGAGCAAGGAACACACAGCGAGCUAAUUGCCAAACAAGGAGCAUACUAUGACCUUGUAAAUGCCCAGGUCUCCCACUAAAUGUCACUUUAUUUGCUUAAACAUUAAUGUGUCAUGCCAAUUUACAUUUAGCAGAAUCUUGCACACAACCCUAUGUACACAUUAGUUGCUGCUAUUGUAAUAUGUUCUAAUACUCUCUGCUAGCUGUCUAACAAAAAUCUCUUAAUUUUUUAAUCUUCAUACUACUUAGUUGACACAAAAUCACAAUAUAUUUUUUGUAGAACUAUGUGUACAAUAAUUAAGUUCAAGCAAUAUAUGGUCUUAAUGUAAUCUGUUAUCUAUAUAUUUGGGUUACACUUAACCAAAUGUUUUUGUUAAUUUAACUUUAGAAAUCAAUGAAUGUUGAAGGAAAAUAGGUACAUAUUGCAUGUUACUUCUAACAUACUUGUACCACAUUUUUUGCAAUGAAGAAAUCUUUAGUUUUAUACAAGGAAUGUCACACUAUAUAGCCAAAACUUUGUGGUCACCUGACCAUCACAUUCAUGUGUGGUUCUUCCCCAAACCACACGUGUCUGAGCCCUCAAUAAUCACUAACACUAUGAGGUCUAUCCCAAACCUGCUCCCUCAUGGCAACGGCCUUGCAUACAAAGUGGGUCCAUUAAGGUGAAUGAAGACAAAAUCAAGUGCCUCCACAGAGCCUUGACAUCAACCAAACUGAACAGUUUUGGGAGGAUCUGGAAUGGCACUGUGCCUACUCCCCAAACAUUAGUGCCUGACCUCACUAACAGUCUUGUGGCAGAAUGGAGGCUGUUAUAACAAAACAAAAAAAGUAAAGGCAUAUAGCAACAAAGUAAAUAUGAGAGAAGAAAUAUGGACUGGGAUGGUGAACAAGCACAUUCUAGGAUGAUGAUCUGGUGACCACAUUUUUUUUUUGGCAGACAGUGUGUUUAUUUAAUGAAAUAAUUUCCAAAGAAUUCUUAUUGUUUAUUUAGCCAUAUGUGUAUAUACGUUUUUAGUACAUCUGUAAAUGUGCAACAUUUUGUGAGACUUUUCAUAAUAUUUUUUUUUACAGUUUUGUAAAUAUGAUUUUAAAGUGUACAUAAAGAGAUUUUAAAAUGGCUUAAGUGUAAAUUAACAUAUAAACUAACAUAUAAACAUAUACAUAAAUAUAUACUUUUUUUUUUAUGUGCUUCUGUGAAUCAGAGAAACUUGCACUAAUGAAGAAAAUGAAUGCCACACACUUCUCAAUGCCAGUGUUGUACAUGCAGGAGGGUAUUUAAAUAAAAAGACCAGCAACCUUAA